UCCCCUGGGAACCCACCCAGAGAGAGAGCCCAAAGAAGAUGCUCCAGAAGAAGCCGCUUUGCCACUUCACAGCUCGGCAUUCGACGUCAUCUCCGCCAAUGGGCCCUUGGGGAUCCCCUCUCAACCACACCCGAUUAGGCCACAGAGACACACUUUUGCCUCUGGUCAGAAGCGGCCUGUCUGGACGGAGGUUUUCCGAGAGUGCUUCUCUAUCACCUGGUCUGCACGUGUCCACACUUCCCAUCUGCGUUCGAGGGUGGAGCUCUCAGUAAAACCUUGCAUCAGAAGGCGGCCUGGCCCAUGGAAGGAGCACAGAUGAGUGUGCCAGGGCCAGACAACUGGUCAAGGAUCAGAGGGAAGAUUCAGAUUCAAAGCUCUGGAAUUUUGGAGCCUGAUCAAGGGAAACUGCCCACGAUGCAGGAGGAAAUCCAAAUGAUCAAAGAAGAGGUGUGCUUCGACACGAGCACGAGGCCACCGCCGCCCGCCUUUCCUCCCGGCCUGCCGCCGGGGAGUCCCAGGAUGAAGCCCCCACCGAGGGAGCCCUUCCCGGAACCCUUGGGAGCCCCCUUCUCCCAGUUCCGGUACGAUGCUCCGCCGGGGGACCCUGGCGGGUCCCGGAAACGGAAGAGCGUGCCCAGCAAGAUGCUUUCCGGAGGUCCAGCGGCCGAGGCCCCGCCUGCCCAACCACGAGGCCCCAGCCCGCCCCCACUGCGCCCGCCGCCCGCCCCGGCCUUCCUGGCCCCGCCGCCCCCGCCCCUGCCCCCCAAACACCCCUCCCAGAUGAUCGACCUGUGUAACGUCGGCUUCCAGUUCUAUCGCACCCUGGAGCGCUUCGGGGGCCAGCCGGUCAAACGGGAGCCGGUCCAGCCCAGGGCCCCGUGGCCCCCGGGGCCCCCGGCUCCCUUCCUGCAGGCCCUCCCCUUCCCCUAUUACCCCAAAGUCCCCCGCGGCCUGGUGCUCCCCUUCCUGGUGCCUCCGCCGAGCCGCCCCGCGGGCCGGCCGCCACAGCCGCCGCCCCAGGGCCCAGCGCGACCGGGGCCUCCACGGGCAGGGGCCGAGGGCGGGCCCAAGGUGGAGAGGGUGGACGUCAACGUCCAGAUCGACGACAGCUACUACGUGGACGUGGGCGGCGAGCAGAAGCGCUGGCAGUGCCCCAUGUGCGAUAAGUCCUACACCUCCAAGUACAACCUGGUGACCCACAUUCUAGGCCACAGCGGGGUCAAGCCCCACGCCUGCGCCCGCUGCGGCAAGCUCUUCAAGCAGCUCAGCCACCUGCACACGCACCUGCUGACCCACCAGGGCACGCGACCCCACAAGUGCCAGGUCUGCCUCAAAGCCUUCACGCAGACCAGCCACCUCAAGAGGCACAUGAUGCAGCACAGCGACAUCAAGCCGCACAGCUGCCGCGUCUGCGGCCGCGGCUUCGCCUACCCCAGCGAGCUCCGGGCCCACGAGGCCAAGCACGAGGCCGGGCGCUGCCACGUGUGCGUCGAGUGCGGGCUGGACUUCCCCACGCUGGCCCAGCUCAAGCGGCACCUGACCUCGCACCGCGGGCCCGUCCAGUAUCGCUGCAGCGAGUGCCCCAAGGCCUUCCAGUACCCCAGCCAGCUGCAGAACCACAUGAUGAAGCACAAGGACAUCCGCCCGCACAUCUGCUCCGAGUGCGGCAUGGAGUUCGUCCAGCCGCACCACCUCAAGCAGCACUCCCUCACUCACAAGGGUGUGAAGGAGCACAAAUGUGGGAUCUGUGGCCGGGAGUUCACCCUGCUCGCCAAUAUGAAGAGACACGUCCUGAUCCACACCAAUAUCCGAGCCUACCAGUGCCACCUCUGCUUCAAGAGCUUCGUGCAGAAGCAGACCCUGAAGGCCCACAUGAUCGUUCAUUCGGACGUCAAGCCUUUCAAGUGCAAGUUGUGCGGGAAGGAGUUCAACAGGAUGCACAACCUCAUGGGCCACAUGCACCUGCACUCGGACAGCAAACCAUUCAAGUGCCUCUACUGCCCAAGCAAAUUCACCCUCAAGGGUAACCUGACACGCCAUAUGAAGGUCAAGCAUGGUGUCCUGGACAGAGGGUUUCAUUCUCCAGGUCUUGGAAGGGGAAGAGGGGCCCCGACCCAGAACGCAGGAGCCCUGAGGAGCUUGGAGCAAGAGGAGCCCUUCGACCUCUCCCAGAAAACCCGCACCAAGGGGGCCACGUUUCAUUCCGAUGGAGAGAGCAUCAAGGGCAGCUCAUGCCCCGAGGAGGAUGAGGACCACUGCUCCGAGAGCGAGCGGUACAGUCCCGGCCCGUUGGUUCAGGACCACCACCACCUCUUCUCCAGGCGGCGCGGCCCGUUGAGGAAAGGCGCGAGGCGAGCUCGCCGAGAUGCUUCCUCCCUUCAGGAGAGGGAGCAGGGGCUGAGCCACGACUUUGAGCAGAAAGAGAAAGAGAGUCAGAGGGCUGAGGGGAGCCAGGAGAGAAACUGUGCCCACAAAGACGACUGUCUGGGCUUCAGACCGUUUCCAGACCCCAGACUUGGCCACUCUCUGUCUGAUUACCUGUACUUCAAGCACAGGAACGAGAGUCUGAAAGAAUUGCUGGAGAGGAAAAUAGAAAAACAAGCUGUGCUUCUGGGCCUCUAAACGAACAGUUUUCAUAUCUCAACUGGAAAAUAAGAACUAGGAGAAUCAGAUUCUGCUUUCAGCACAAGUUGUCGUUUGCUAGAGACUGGGAGUUUGUAAGAAGGCCUUCAAGAUGAACCCAAUAAACAAUUAAAGACAAAAAUUAA